AUGGCAGCACAGAAAGCACAAGGGUCGCGGGUAGAGGAUAAGACCAGAGUUCGCGUCACUCAACCGGCGGGGCGGCGCGUCCGACGCGCGCUCCUGCCAAGCUCCUGGCGUCUGCAAGUCCGAGCCACUGGGUCAAGCGGGUCUCCAGGGAGCGCGUCCUCUACCCCAGUCGCUUCAACGUCGGCGAGCCCAGCCCCUGCCACUAUACUUCCUCCAGUAGCUGCGCCUACGAAGCCUCCUCCGCCCCAACAUCCCCCGAAUCCAACGCCCGUGGUGCCAAAGCGACCCGUUGAACCCGCGUCAGCCGCACCUUCACCCGUGCCACUGAAGAAGAAAGCGCUUGCAGUCGCCGCGCCAAUACAACUCGAUCUGCCCCGGUGGGAGGAUGCAACGAUAUCGAACGUAUUCGGUAUAACGCUGAAGAAAGAAGUCGCGGAGAAGAGCAGCUAUGAGAUCGUAUGGCUGAAAGGCUUGGCAGAGGAAUUGCAAGGAGAAGGCGUUCCACUGCAACUCAAUGCUGGAGUGGCUGACCGCACACUAAUAGCGCGCCUCGAGCUAGACCCACAUUCCAUGUCGGACGACCUUGAGUUCUUGCCUCAAACUGUGCUUGAAUAUUUGAUCGGAUGCUGGAAACGUCUCAAUGCUUCCAGAGCCGUCAUCCUCCGCAAGACUCUCGUUCCACUCCAUCAACAGCAUGCACUCGACACGCUUGACAAAGUGCGGGACCUGAUCAUCAGCUACACUGGCCUCACCCUCCAAGAACCCGAGAUGUUCCCUCAACCGAAUAUCCCGGGUAAGGAGCUAGGUGCUGCAGAGCUUACGUUCCUGCACGACAUCGUCAGACGUUUCGAACCUGACAACGAGCUUGAUACGGUCCUUGGGCCUGUAGUCGUGAGGCUGUGCUCUCAUGAGUCUCUGCAGGCCGGCUUUGCCAGCGGCGAUGGCUGGCGAGGUGUGGUCAGUGGGCUGGAAGCUCUGAUCAGCGUCAAGGCCAUUGCAGCAAUGAUCACAAGACUGCCAGAAUGGAACCCAGACGUCCCUGUACCCGAGUUCGAGCUCAAGAGCGUGAUGGGUCAACUGCUUCGACUAGGGUAUUCCCUCGUGAAUGGAAUUGUACUAACCUUCUUUGUCCACCAGCCUUCCAUCUCGGGGACAUACUUCACCAACCACGAAACGCGUCCGCAGGGUGAAAUCACCUCCGCGAUGGCUAGUCUUCGUGGAACUCUGAAGACACUUCAAGCUUCACUGUUCCAGAUCUUCAACACCCUUGUCCGCGCCUCCCCCGACGCCAGGGAAGCGGUGUUGCAAUACUUUUCCAGAGCUGUCAACAUCAACCGCAAGCGUGCCGGCAUGCAGGUCGAUCCCCUGACCGUGUCCACGGAUUGCUUCGUCAUGAACUUGCAAAUCAUCCUUUUGCAAUUCUGCGAGCCUUUCAUGGAUUCUCAGUACAGCAAGAUGGAUAAGAUUGAUCCUGCAUACUACGCCCACUCUUCCAGGAUCGAUCUCAGCGAGGAAACACGCAUUAACGCCACAAAUGAGGAGGCAGAGGAGUGGAGGACGCAGAACGAGACGAUAUCUGCUCCGCCGAAUUUCAUCUCUGAUAUCUUCUACCUGACCCUUGCUGUUAACCACAUUGGUCAGCAGAAGUUGACCAAUAACGUCGAAGAGCUCAUGAAACAAUACGACGACAUUCGACGCAACCUAGAGAUCCUACAGGAAGACCAGUCUUGGAUGGGGACUGCGUACCAAGCUCGCACGGAGGCUGUGAUCAAUGCUGGCAAAGCCGAGAAAGACAAGGUGUAUGCGGCACAGCUUGCGUAUGAAACCCAGCUUUCAGAGCCCGAGCUCGUAUUUCGGUCCAUCAGCUUCGCGAAUUUGGUGUCUACUUGGUUGGUCCGACAUGUCGACCCGCUCAAGCGGCACCCAAACCCCGCCAUCGUGUUGCCGCUUCCCAAGGAUGUCCCAAUAUCAUUCCGCGUUCUUCCAGAAUACCUUGUCGAAGAUGUGAUCGAAUAUCAUCUCUACGUUAUUCGGCAAUCUCCCAAGAGCCUUGAGCUUUCUGGCAGGAACGAAAUGAUUGUAUGGUGUCUCACUUGGCUGACGUCGACGUGGUUCAUCAAGAACCCAUUCCUGAAAGCCAAGAUCGUUGAGGUGCUGUUUUUGGGGACAUGGAGCUGGGGAGAACACAGAAGUGUUCUCACUACGUUACUCAACACCCAUCCUAUGGCGCUCAAACAUCUCAUGCCGUGCUUGAUGAACUUCUAUGUCGAGGUCGAGCAGACAGGGGCCAGCUCUCAGUUCUAUGACAAGUUCAACUCCCGGAGGAACAUCGCGUAUAUCUUCAAAGUUAUCUGGAACAACUCCCCUCAUCGUGAUGCGCUGAAGGAUCAAGCAGCUCACCAUUCGGACCGCUUUGUCCGCUUUGUCAACCUCAUGAUCAAUGAUGUCACCUAUCUCCUCGACGAGUCCCUUACUCAGCUUUCCAAGAUCAACCAGAUCCAGACCGAGAUGAAGGACCGGACGUCGUACGAAGCACAGCCCCAGCAGUAUCGUCGCGAACGCGAGGGCGAGCUUCGCACACUGGAACGCCAGGCCAGCAGCUACGUCCAGCUCGGCAACAGCACUGUCGGGCUCCUGAAACUCUUCACGUCCGAAGUCAAGUCGCCGUUCAUGGUGCCCGAGAUCGUCGACCGCCUCGCAGCAAUGCUCGACUACAACCUUGAUGUGCUCAUCGGACGCUCGCAGCAGCUCAAGGUGAAGAACCCGGAGAAAUACAAGUUCAACCCGCGCCAGCUGCUCGGGGACUUGAUCGACAUCUUCCUCAACCUCAGCGACCAGGGUGAUUUCGCGCGGGCCGUCGCGGGUGACGGGCGCAGCUACAGGAAGGAGCUGUUCGAGUCAGCCGCGAAGACGCUGAGGAAGAACAACCUGAAGUCGCCGGACGAGAUCGAGAAGCUGAGGCUUUUCACGCUGAAGGUCGAAGAAAUGAAGGCGACGCUCGAGGCCGAGGAUGACCUCGGUGAAAUCCCUGACGAGUUCCUGGAUCCGCUCAUGUAUACGAUUAUGCGCGAUCCCGUCACGCUCCCGACGUCGAAGGCCGUUGUGGACCGCGCGACCAUCAAGUCGCACCUACUUUCAGACUCAAAGGACCCCUUCAACCGCACGCCUCUCUCCCUAGAUCAGGUAGAGCCUAAUGUCGAGUUGAAGCAGCGCAUUGAUGCAUUCCUCGCGGAGCGGCGCAACAAGAACACUGCCCUCGAUAAGCCGGCGGAGGAGGUAGUUCAUAUGGAUGUAUCACCAGAGUAG